GCCACCUUGCUGCCACCGCUCAAGCGCACUCUCGGACCACUCAGACUUGCUGCGUCAACCCUGCUCUACACACUCUUAUCUACGUAAGAUGUCUGGUACAACACUGACGAGUGCGUCCAACCUCACGCCGGAGACGGUUCCUCUGCGCAGCGGUCCUCCCGCUCGCGAGGAGUUGCUCAUUCACUACCCUCCCAAGUUCACCUUCCAUCAGCUGAAGACGUUCAUCAACGCAGGGGACCUUGGAUUACUGAAGCGCGACAGGAAGCUGCAGAAGCGGUACGAUGCAUGGAGUGCAGAAAUCAGGAAGGAGUAUGGGAGUAUGGUGAACUACCUGCUCACGUAUCGCCUCCAAUGGGGCAAGCGUGACGCGCGUUCUCUGCUCAAGUCUACCCUCGACGUCCCCGAUUCCCUCGUCGCCAAGGACGAAGUCGCCAACGCUCCUACAGGCGAACUCCCUCCACUCCCAUCCAAUGCUCCACCGUACUUCAAAGCUGACACAUCUCCGGAGCUGAUCAGCAUCAUCAUGAACGACUGGCCCUACUCCGUACCCAACGAGGUCGAGCACAGCCUCAUCUGGACGCGCGUCCCCAUCCUCCCACCGGACCUCCCGCCUUCUGUCGAACCUCGCCUCCUCCAGGAUGGCCUCUGGGGCUUCACAGGCUCGCUCGCGCCCCCGCCGUCGCCGGACACACUUCCCGAGUGCUUAGGCGCCUUGUCGGAGUGGAACCUCACAAUGGAUAAGCUUGUGAGGAGCCCGGAGCCGAGUCCUGAGGAGAGGAUGCUUCUGGAGAAGGCAGGGAGUGAGGUAGACACAUUUGUGAAAUGGCUGUGGAGAGAGGACGAGUGGGAGACUGCGUGGUUCGUCAAUCCGCCGCGGCUGCAAAGCGUACCGGGGCUGGCCCACAUACAUGUCUUUGCGAGGCGUAAGACUCAUGAAGAAAUCACUGAAUGGAAGGCGGCGAAAGGGAACUAAUUCCUCACGGACAUCUAGAUGUAGACGGACGACCGAUUGUAGAACAACGGACAACAGACAGCAGACAUGCGUUACAGGUCAGCACUUAUAGGUCGACACUGGUAUUCUACGGCUAC